AUGGAGGCACUGUCGAAGGCUGUGGACACCCUCUCCGCUCAGUUGCAGGAGAAGGACACCCUUCUGCGCAGCCUGCAGAGCCAACUGGCCGCCAAGGAGGGUUACAUCUCCCAGCUCCACCAGGUCAUCGUCUCGACCGGCGGUAAGGCGCCCGCCGCUCCCGCUGCUUCGCCUGCCGCCACCGAUGCGGCUCCCGCCCUCUCGAAGAACCAGCUGAAGAAGCAGAAAAGGCAGCAGAAGCAGGAGGAGACCCCCGCUACGCCGGUUACGCCGCUCAAGGAGCAGCCCGCUCCCGCCAAGGAGGCCGUCCCUGCCACCACCCCCACCACGCCCGAGAGCGCCAAGAACAAGAGGAAGCGCGAGGCCACCAAGGGUGCUGAGGCGAAGUCCACCCCGACCACGCCCACCAAGGAGUCUGCUGCCUCUCCUGCCAAGAAGAAGGAGACGCCCAAGAAGGAGGCUGUGACCAAGAAGGCCGAGACUCCGGCCAAGUCGCCUGCCAAGGACAGCAAAAACGUGAAGGUGCUUAAGGGUGGUCUCAAGCUGGAGGACACCAAGCUGGGUGCCGGCAAGGUCGCCACUCUGGGCAAGCGGGUCAGCGUGCUGUACAAGGGAUUCCUCACGAACGGCAAGUCGUUUGACUCCUCCCUCAACAAGCCCUUUACCUUCCGUCUCGGCGUGGGUGAGGUGAUCAAGGGUUGGGACGCCGGUGUCGCCGGCAUGAAGGUGGGCGGCCGGAGGAAGCUUGUCAUCCCCCCUGCUCUGGGUUACGGUAGGCAGUCGAUGCCCGGCAUUCCCGGCAACAGCACCCUCCUCUUCGAGGUCGAGCUCGUCGAUGUCAAAUGA